CACAAGCGGGAUGACUCUUUCUGACGCGAAAGUCUAGGCUUCAUGCCGAAUCAACCAGCGUAUCUCGCGAGCGUCAGCGCUAAGCCAGAGCGACUUAAUGCGACGCCCGUCAUCGCAUGAGGCUGCCUGGUAUUUAAGUUCACAUAAGGAAGGCAGCAUACGCUCGCAAAGAUUAGAGCAUUUUCUCACUCAACGCACGAAUUGAUACGCACAACUUCAGCAAGAGUAACCGCAAUCGCAACCAUGGCAGAACAAAAAGCCACCUUCAUCAAAGUACCCACCGACCUCACCAAUGGCUUCCAAACCAUGCCCGUCGAACCCUCAAGACGGCUGCCUGAAUCCGACAUACGCAUCGAACUCUGCACCGAACGUGACGCCACCAAGAUUGCCGAGGGCCUCUAUCUGUGUUUCCCCGACGAUUGGUGGGCAAAGAAAGAACCACUGGAGCUCCGUCCCCAGGAAAACAGUAACCAGAUCCGUAUCCAGCGCAUGGCUGCACGCCUAACCCCAGCCAUCACCGACCCACAUCACAAUUUCAUCAAAGCCGUCUACGUCCCCACGGGCGAAACGAUUGGCAUAGCAGGCUGGACGCUUCCUUCGAAUCCGGGCGUGCACAACAUGUUCCGCCGCACUGCCGUUGAGCACUACGGGUGGCAAGAGAAGAUGGGCUGGAGCGAUGCUGAGCUCGAGGAGAUGUGGUCGCAUGUUAGCAAUGAGACUUGGAGCGUUCAGUUUGGCAAAGAUGACGAGACGAGGAGGGAAAUUACAGAGGGGAAGCCGCAUUGGUAUCUUGCGCCGUUGCUAACGUGGCCCGAGUGGCAGGGACGCGGUGUAGGGAAGAGGUUGAUGGAUUGGGCUAUCAGGCAGGCGGAUGCGGAGGAGGUUAGUACGCCGAUGUAUCUGGAGAGUAGGCCGAGUGCUAGGCCGGUUUAUAUGCAUUUGGGGUUUGUGCCGUGUGGGGAGUAUAAUAUGCUCAGGAGGGGACCGGCGGUGGUGAGAGGGUUGGAGGCGGAGGAGGAGAGCAAGACUGCGGAUGUUAGAGUGGAUGUUGUGGCGAAGGAGACGGAGGCUGAUGUGGUAGGGUAGGUUCUAUGUCACGUUGUGUCAGUAAAGUAACGUUUCCACAGCGGUCUCCUGGAGAAGCAAAAUUUCAAUGAUAUACAUCUC